AUGGUUGUGACAGGAAGCCGACCAAACCGGGAGCUUCAGCCGGGGAUGUACUUCGUCAGAGAAGGGACCCAUGAGAUUCGAGGCUAUGUCCCUAUCAAUGAAGUUGGAGAGAGUAAUCUGGAGAAAUUGGGAUGGAUGAGAUUCUCGGAAGGUCGAUGGGAUAUCAGGAAUGGAAAUGUGAAAAUCAAGCAAGCACAUGUGAGUUUCUUCAGGAAAUGUAAUAAAUAUAUUGAAAUCUUGCCCUGUUCUAUCUUACGUCGUAAGUGGUCUUCGGAAAGUUCUGAUGCAUAAAC